UGUAUGUAUGGAGACUGACGCCGUUUGUGCUUUUUAACCUUUAGUAUAUUUUUAUGUAAAGUGAAGUUUAAAAAUAAAUUUAACAUAAUUUUGUUGAAUAUUAUGAUAUAGGCCGAUUAAUAGAAUCAUCAAAAUGGCUGACGAAGUUAUAAAACAUUCAGUGCAUACGCUUGUAUUUCGAUCUUUAAAGAGAUCGCAUGAUAUGUUUCUUUCUAACCAAAGUAUGUUGCCGCCUAUUGACGAAAAAGCAGAGAAAAUAUUAAGAUCUGUAAAGGCAAGGGAUAGUUAUGGACAAGUCAUGUCUGCGGUACAGAAAGCACAAGCCAUCAAGCAACUGGAAGCAUUGAACAGACCAGACACUCCACAUGAUACUGAUAUAGCAGAAUCAGCAGCUCUAGGUUCAGAUGGUGCUAUGCUACCAUACAGUGCUCCCACAAACCCAACACCCACUGCCAUUAUCUCAGCUCCGCGGAAAGCACCAACAAUGCCACGACCCAAAUGGCAUGCGCCUUGGAAACUUUUCAGAGUCAUAUCUGGACAUCUAGGGUGGGUGCGCUGUGUUGCAGUUGAGCCGGGCAAUGAGUGGUUUGCUACAGGUGCUGCCGACAGAGUUAUAAAAAUAUGGGACUUGGCCACUGGUAAAUUAAAAGUAUCUCUCACAGGACAUGUGAGCACCGUUAGAGGCCUGGAAGUAUCCUCUAGACAUCCAUAUUUAUUCAGUUGCGGUGAAGAUAGACAAGUAAAGUGCUGGGAUCUGGAAUAUAAUAAGGUGAUCCGGCACUACCACGGGCACCUGUCGGCGGUGUACACGCUGGCGCUGCACCCCACCAUCGACGUGCUGGUGACGGCGGGGCGCGACGCCACGGCGCGCGUGUGGGACCUGCGCAGCAAGGCCAACGUGCACACUCUGGCCGGACACACCGACACCGUGGCCUCGCUGGCGUGCCAGUCGGCCGAACCGCAGAUAAUAACUGGCUCACAUGACUCCACGAUCCGGCUCUGGGAUUUAGCAGCGGGCAAGUCAAUGUGUACGCUCACCAAUCAUAAAAAGUCCGUUCGAAGCAUUGUCAUCCACCCGUCCCUCUACACCUUCGCUUCAGCGUCUCCUGACAACAUCAAGCAGUGGAAAUGUCCAGAGGGGAAAUUUAUUCAGAACUUGUCAGGGCAUAAUGCAAUAGUAAACUGUAUGGCGGUCAAUCCGGAAGGAGUACUGGUUAGUGGAGGAGACAAUGGAACCAUGUACUGCUGGGAUUGGAGGACAGGAUACAACUUCCAGAGAUUACAAUCUGCAGUACAACCAGGCUCCAUGGACAGCGAGGCGGGCAUCUUCGCGAUGACGUUCGACCAUUCCGGCUCCAGACUCAUCACCGCGGAGGCCGAUAAGACCAUCAAGAUCUAUCGCGAGGAUGACUCCGCCUCCGAAGAGACACAUCCCAUUAACUGGCGACCAGAGAUAUUGAAGCGAAGAAAAUUCUAGACUGAUUAAAUGAAUAUUUUUGACAUUGA